UCAGGGCAGGAGCUUUUGGCACCCCAACUUUGCUACAGUGCUGUUGAAGAUCAGCAGUGAUUUCUUCAUGUUUUGCAAACUGCUGUGUUUCCAGGUCUCCUGGGACAGCUGAGGAGAGCCAUCGCCAUGAUCCCUGCACUGCUCUUGCUGGGCCUUUCAGCCCUUGUCGCUCCAUCCAUGAGUUACAGUUGCUAUGGUGAUAUAAGUGCUCUUCCAGCCCCCACGGUGUCCUGUACAGCUGUAAGAGCCCCAGAUUGUGGAUAUGCCAUGGUACGGAGGACUGCUGAGGCAGACCUCGUGCGCCUGAGGAGAUAUGAGGUCCCGAUUAGACGAGUAGCCAGAAACCUGUGCUUGGACCCAGCUCUCAUUGGUGCCAUCAUGUCACAGGAGAGCCGUGUUGGCCUGCUCCUGAACAACGGCUGGGACCAGGGACGGCAGAAGUACGGCUUGAUGCAGAUCAGCAGGCAGCUACAGCAGCCUUAUGCAGUGUGGGAUAGUGAAGAACACAUAAAUCAGUGCUCAAAUAUUCUGGUUCUUUCAAUCAAUGAAGUACGGACAAGACAUCCUACCUGGACCUGGGAUCGGCAGCUGAGAGGGGGCAUCUGCACCUACCAUGCGAGAAUGGGCAAUCUCCAGGUCUAUGAGGAAGACCCAUGCAGCAGAGACAACAACUAUGUCAACAGCGUGAUUAGGCGAGCCCAGUACUUCAAGAGAAAUGGGUUCUAGCUCAUAAACCCGCCCCACCACUGAGCCUCUCCUCUGCACAGACUAGCAGUGAUCACAGUACCCAGAGCAGGUCUUCUGGCAGGACCGAUGCUGGGAGCAUUGCCAACAGCACUUUGCUCACUUCAGCAAAUCCCAGCUCCCCACUCACCAAUGGGCGAGCUCAGCACUGCCUUCCAGGGAACCCACAGGGAUGAGAUACCACAAGCUUGGGGCCUUUGAGAAGCAGAUGGGGACAGACCAGCAGUGUUUAAAUUUUGAGUGAGGAAUGUGACUCUUCCUGUUCGGAGCUGAACCCAGGGCUGUUCAUGCAUCCCCCAGACGCAAGCACACAAGCAGCUCUCCCUGGACAUCAGCUGUGCUCUUCCCAUCACCUCCAUCCACCUCCUUCCCUCUCCAUGGCCAAUGCAGGAGAUGAAGUCCCUGAGUUAAAAUUUUCCCUCCCCUUGAUGCUGCUGGCCAAGGGGCAAUGAAGAGACCACCGAGCCUUUGAUCUCUGCAGUAGCUGAGUAUUCCUGUGGCCAACCUUGAGGGGGACAAUGCUACACAUGAUUUGGUUAGUCUAUCAAGCCUUGGAGUCCGUGGCCAUGGUGGGGCUGGGGACCUCUUAAGGGUGAAAAGCAGCCUCACAUAGGGGAAAUCCUCUAUAUAGAAAGUACUGCAAGCACCACAGCAGGCAUGCAAAACACCUUUCCAUUAGAGACCAGCCCUCAGUAGGAGUCAGCCCCAUACAUACCCACCCAGGAGCUGUAUCACAGCAACAGUGUUGGUAAAAAACCCCACACCCUUUCCUGCUUUAUCUUUGGCUCCCUUAUGUUGAGUUUCCUCCAAAUUUAAAAGCAUUUCAGCAUCCAUCCCUCUGCCAGGUAUCCCAGCUUCUAAUAGGAGUGAAUUAGCUCUGGGCUUAUAAGGUCUGUUUGAAAGUGGUCUUCUAUGUGGAUGGGUCUCUGGGUGCCAAUUUAUGUUUAAUUAGAAUAAUAAUUAGAAUGAUACUGAGAAU